AUGGCAUCCUCCUCAAAAUCUGGGGCUCGAGUGUUCUGCCCGGAUCAUCCGGAAGCUAAUCUAAUCGAAGACUAUCGCGCGGGCGAUAUGAUUUGUCCCCAGUGUGGACUCGUGGUGGGUGAUAGAAUCGUCGAUGUGGGUACCGAAUGGCGAGUUUUCCAGAACGAAAAGUCCUCUAAUGAUCCCACUCGUGUCGGAGCUGCAGAGAAUCCACUGCUCAACGGGAGUGAUCUGAGCACAAUUAUUGGCCGCGGCACAGGUGAUGCCUCAUUCGACGAAUCCGGGAAUGCGAAAUAUGCCAACCGUAAAACGAUGAGCUCUUCAGACCGAGCUCUCAUCGGGGCUUUCAGAGAAAUCAGCGCUAUGGGCGAUCGUAUCAACUUGACCCGGAACAUCAUAGAUAGAAGUAACGCUCUCUUCAAGCAGGUUCACGAUGGACGGAGUUUGAAGGGUCGUUCUAACGACGCCAUCGCCUCCGCGUGCCUGUACAUCGCAUGCAGACAAGAGAGUGUACCUCGUACAUUCAAAGAGAUCUGCGCCGUAUCCAAAGUUUCGAAAAAGGAGAUCGGUCGCUGUUUCAAGCUCAUUUUGAAAGCUCUGGAAACAUCCGUAGAGCUGAUCACGACGGGAGACUUCAUGUCCAGGUUCUGCUCGAAUCUGGCCCUAUCUACCGCCGUACAGAAGGCCGCCACCCACAUUGCCCGGAAAGCUGUCGAAAUGGACAUUGUGGCUGGACGAAGUCCAAUCUCUGUCGCGGCUGCAGCAAUCUACAUGGCAUCACAGGCUUCCGCCGAGAAGAAAUCUCAGAAGGAGAUUGGGGACAUUGCUGGCGUCGCCGAAGUGACCAUCCGGCAAAGUUACAAACAAAUGUACCCGAGAGCAGCUCAGCUGUUCCCCGAAGAUUUCAAGUUCCACACGCCCAUCGAAAUGCUCCCCGUGAACUGAGGAGCGGAGCUUGUUGAACUCGUCGGGAGGGAGCCGCGGGCUCUGAGCGGAGCUCGAUCAACUUUCCGAAUGGCAUUAGAGGGUACAUGAUUCUUAUUACAAUUCGAGCAAAUGGUUGAGAGUGGAGAAGCAAUCGAGGAUUCGUCGAGCUCUCAUCACGAUCAGGGAAUCUACCGUUAAGUGUACAUAAUCGAUCAAAAUGGAUCUCGAUGAGUCUCGGGGACACGAGCAAAACCCUACGUUGGAUGAGACAGACUCAUGUUCCCAGACUCUCGCUGAGGUUCUCUGUAAAUAGAAAGGGAAUUUCGUCCUGAGAUCGGAGGGCAGCCGGAGGAGUAAGUAUAUUGUAACAGCAAAUUGUCAGCGGAAUUCGUGGGGAAGGACGGAGGGAGCGUUCGCCGGAGAUGAAUGAUGUAAAUAAAUAUCAGGGAGUUUCCCACAU